AUGUGUGAUUGUAGAUCAGCAGAGUUGCUUGUCAGAAGAAGAGGACUGAGAUUCCCACACGCUGACGUAACAAUUUCACAUGCUUUCCACGUGAGACUGCGUUUCCCAUUGGGCACGCUCAACUGCUCCAAUCUACUGAGAGCUAUAGCCACUUGCGACGACUGCUGGGCAACCGCGGUCGCGGACGAGCUAAGAAAGCUCCAUCAGGUCUCUUUGCAAUUGUCUGGAGAGGCUGGCAAUGGAAACGGGCAGCUCGACGGCUCGAAUUCCAGAGCUGCAUUCGGCAUUCUUCUCGACCACUCGAACUACCCAGACAAAUUGGAGUUCCAUUAUGAAGGAUUAAAGUAA